GACCUAUAAAGGUUUCUUUAUAGGUCUAUGAUAAGUGACGAAUAGUUCAAAUCGUGACAAAAUAAAUAGGUAAGUCAGCAAUUUGUGAUAACCGUAAAAUGGUUCCCCUUUUUCUCUGAGGAUGAUAUACUUCUUACAAGAGAAAACCGGCAGCCAUAUUGUAAAAAUUGAUAACACAAGCCGCUGACGUACCUAUUUAUUUUGACAAGUUCAAAUUUAAAUAUUCUAAAUCGCUGGUAGUGUGUUACUGGUAGUUUUGUGACUUUUUUAUAAGGCUAACCAAUCUCUGAAGAUGGACGGAAGUGAAAUAAAUUAUGUUAAAAGCAAAGAUUACUGGUCUAAUAUACCUGCUUCGUUGAACGGUAUGUUAGGAGGUUUUUCUAGUCUGACUACAUUGGACGUAAAUGAUUCUAAUGUUUUUCUCAAGAAAUUGUUUAAAAUUGAAAACGGUCCAUCCAAAAACAGAGCACUUGACUGCGGAGCUGGCAUUGGUAGAAUAACUGAACAGUUAUUGUCUAAACAUUUUGAAUGUAUUGACUUAUUAGAGCAAGAUGAAAAAUUCCUUAAUGAAGCAAAACUCAAACUCGAUGGAACCAAUGCCAAAAACUUUUAUUGUGUUAGUCUACAAGAUUUUUCACCUGAUAAUGAUAUAAAGUAUGAUGUUAUAUGGAUUCAGUGGGUUCUUGGUUACGUUACCGAUAACGAUUUAGUAGAAUUUUUAAAAAAAUGUUGCAAGUCACUAAACAAAAAUGGUCUUAUAGUUGUUAAAGAAAAUAUUUCUUCAAACGAAGAAGGAGAAAUAGAUACAGAAGAUAGUUCCGUUACAAGAAGUUUUGGAUGUUUUUGUUAUAUUUUUCAAAAAGCUAAUUUGAUGUGCGUUGCAAGAAGAACACAAAGAAAUUUUCCAACAGGAUUGUAUAAAGUUGAAAUGCUUGCACUUAGGCCUGUUGAUAAUCUAAAACAAAUUUAACUGAAAUGUUUUUAUUUCAGGCCUGGGAAAAAAUGUCUGCUGGCCUAUUAAAGUAAAAAUGUAUACAUUGUGUAAUUAAAUGUGUAUUUACUUUUGUGUAGAUAAAAUAAUACCAUAAAUUAAAAUAUUCUAUCUUAUCUAGCUGGCACAUAGCCAUAUUCAAAGAUUAUUCUAUUUUGACAAUAGGAAAAAUCUAGUUAGUUUUAAAUUUCAUUAUACUUAAAAAACCUGAGUUGUUGGUUGGGUUUGGGAUGAGUAUUGAAAAUUUCUAUAGGGUUAUGCGGUAGUUAGUAUAAGUAAUAGCAUUUUUAGGUACAAUAUAUAAUUUUUACACAUGGUACAUAAUUUCAUAAAUUGAACGUGUAAUAUAAUAUGUCUACUAGGUCAGUAGCACGGAACGGGCAGUGCAGCUUCAUGAGCGCAUGAGUUAUGAAGAGCGUUUAGACUAAACUUCUUUGUAUAAUAAUUUUGAAAAAUCAUUUAAUUUUUAAAAACUCUAGCAUCAUUUUUGCUUUUUAAAAUCGAGAUUUAUAUUAACUAAUAAUUUUAAUUUCAAUGAUGCUGAUGAGUUAAGUAAAGGUUCAAGAGACUUACAUCUGAAUGAAGUUGAUUUUAAUAUUUAUGCGUCUAAUUGUCAGACCACGAAUAAAAAUACUAAUUAGUUAUUUAUCUUA